AAGAGACAGCAAACAAUGAUUUUGUUGUUGAGGUAUAUGAGGCUGCAUUCAUUCGACGACGACAUAUUUUAAUCACCAACAAGUAUCCUAAAAUUUUGGAUUUUAAUGCCCUGAAAGAUCAACUUUUAAUCAGUUAUUGAUUACAAUUUGAGGAGCCUUGUGUCCAGGCUAAAUGCAGUGUGACUUAUUCUAUGGAGCCUGCAGUUUGCUAAGCAGCAGCUUCUCCUGGCAUGAGACACUGCAGAUCUCCUCACCAGACAGGCUGAGACUAUGCUCUGUGCCCUGCACCUGGAGUAAGAAGAAGAACAAGCAAGGUUGGUCCAACAGGUGGGAGAAGGACGCACUGCUCAGUUAGUGAACGCUGUUGGAAAGUUGACAGCGGAAGCCUUUUCUCAAAAGAAUGAGCUCCCCGUGCUGAUGAGACUGGAACGAGGGCCGAGUACUGGUUUGGAGAGUGUAAAGAGCAGGCAGAGGAGGGAUGAAGAGAAGAGAACACAGAGGACCGUGAAAAAGAUGAGCAGAGAAACAGUUAAGAGGAAGAUUUAUGAGACAUGGACCCUUGUAUCAGAUUUGGAGAAAAGUAGAGUGAAUACAGAGGUGCCAGACGGCCACUGAGACCCAUGGACAGUCCUGUACUCACGCUUCUCUGUCGAACUUUAAGAUUUACUAGUAAUAUGCUACCUUUGCCAAAUGAAAAGAAACUAAUGCCGAGAAGGCAUACUCUUCAAUAUUGGGAAUAGACGUGCUCUCAAGACAAUGGCUUCAAAGGUCUCCUGUUUAUACGUUUUGACAGUCGUGUGCUGGGCCAGCGCUCUCUGGUACUUGAGUGUCACUCGCCCUACUUCUUCCUACACUGGCUCUAAGCCAUUCAGCCAUCUAACAGUUGCCAGGAAAAACUUCACCUUUGGCAACAUAAGAACUCGACCUAUAAACCCCCAUUCUUUUGAAUUUCUUAUAAAUGAGCCCAACAAGUGUGAGAAAAACAUUCCUUUCCUCGUUAUCCUCAUCAGCACCACCCAUAAAGAAUUCGAUGCCCGGCAGGCGAUCCGAGAGACCUGGGGGGAUGAGAACAACUUUAAAGGGAUCAAGAUAGCCACUCUCUUCCUCCUGGGCAAGAACGCUGAUCCCGUUCUCAAUCAGAUGGUGGAGCAAGAAAGCCAGAUCUUUCACGACAUUAUCGUGGAGGACUUCAUUGAUUCCUACCAUAACCUUACCCUCAAAACCUUAAUGGGGAUGAGGUGGGUGGCCACUUUUUGUUCAAAAGCCAAGUACGUCAUGAAAACAGACAGCGACAUUUUUGUCAACAUGGACAACCUUAUUUAUAAACUACUAAAACCGUCCACCAAGCCAAGAAGAAGGUAUUUUACUGGCUAUGUCAUCAACGGAGGGCCAAUCCGAGACGUCCGCAGUAAGUGGUAUAUGCCUAGGGACUUGUACCCUGACAGUAACUACCCACCCUUCUGCUCGGGGACCGGCUAUAUCUUUUCAGCUGAUGUGGCUGAACUCAUUUACAAGACCUCACUCCACACCAGGCUGCUUCACCUGGAAGAUGUAUAUGUGGGACUGUGUCUUCGAAAGCUGGGCAUCCAUCCUUUCCAGAACAGUGGCUUCAAUCACUGGAAAAUGGCCUACAGUUUGUGUAGGUAUCGCCGAGUUAUCACCGUGCAUCAGAUCUCUCCAGAAGAAAUGCACAGAAUCUGGAAUGACAUGUCAAGCAAGAAACAUCUCAGAUGUUAGGAUUUUUACCAAUGUAAAUACGUUUCUUUUCUUUUUUAAGAAAUGAGGCCUAGGGUGUAGGUAUUUUACAGGUGUCACCAGAGGAAAUGAACUGGUGAAGGGGUUUUGUAAAAAGUGUUUUUCUUCCCACUCCUAGUUCCUUUCUUGGAUUGCCAAUUUACGCGUGUUAAGCUCUGCUCAUAGAAAUAAUACAUGCGUUAAAAGCACCAGAUUUCAUUCUCAGGUCCUGAAGUAUUGCAUUUAUCUCAAAAAGCAACUUCCUAACAACUGCUAGGAUUUACAUACUGUGCAUCUGAGAUAAAAAUCUGGUUCUGGGAAACUAGAACUCAUGGUAAUGUCUUCAUAUCCUCUCUGCAAAAGUAAAUAAGUAAAUAACACUUUUUCAAAAACAAUUCAGAAAUAAUGCACAGUCAGGGAGACACACUGGAUGUGAUUAUUAAUAUUGUGUGUGCUGUUACAUUGAAUUUUUACAUAUAUUGCCACGUAAUGUGUACAGUAUUUGCAGUUCCACUAAGAAAUGAACUUAGGACUGGCAGGGAGGCUGCAGUUAAAUAAAUGGGAAUUUAAACUUGAGAAUUAAAUAUUCUGUAUGUUUGGAAGACAACUCUGCUUGCUCAUCCAAGGAUUAAACCUGGUCAUCGGGUAGAAUGUAUAUAAAAUGCUACGUAACAAAAUAAA